UGUUUUUUGUUUUUACAGUUGUAUGUAGAUUUUUCUUCAAUUUUGCAUGGCGCUUUGAAAUCGCACAUUAUUAAGCUUCGUAUAAACGAAGUGUUUUCCAAAUCCGUUCGGGGAUCUACCUGUCGGCGUCUUUACUGAGGCAUUGACCAUUUGAGUCGUUGAAUAGUGUUUUCGAUGGAUCCACCUCCUACGCGACCAGAAGACCCGGAGAAGAAAUCUCAUGCGGGUAUUCCGGAAGCGGAAUUUGUUGAGGAUGUCGAUGCUUACAUGAAUCAUCCGGACCAUGAUAGGAAAUCCGAGGAUGUUCUAAAACAGUUUGACGAAAUGCAUUCUAAGUAUCGCUUUAUGGAGCUGAAUCUAACACAAAAAAAGCGAAAAUUGCGAGUUCAGUUGCCUGAUCUUGAGAAGUCGUUGGAACUCGUCAAGAAGCUUAAAGAAGAAAGCGCGAAGAAGAGCGGGAACGGCUUACCAGCGCACUUCUUGAUUUCCGAGCAGCUUUUUGCAAAGGCGACGAUCCCACCGACCAAGACUGUGUGCCUGUGGUUGGGUGCGAAUGUGAUGCUCGAGUACACUCUGGAAGAUGCUGAAGCACUUUUAACCCAGAACAUGACGGUUGCAAAAAAGAAUCUGGGCAUCAUUCAGCAUGAUCUGGAUUUCCUCAAAGAUCAAAUAACCACAACUGAGGUGAACAUGGCCAGAGUCUACAACUGGGACGUCAAACGUCGACAAGCUGCUAAGGCUGCUGGAGAUGCGAUUCAAUAACGAAAGGGUGAAAAAAUGAAUGGAAAAUUUUCCCAGCUUUCGAAUUCGUGUGGAACGCGAUUAACUGUUCUUCGCCUUCAUUAUUGUUAUCGCGUUUGAAUAUUAAUGAAUGAACAGAGGGGAAUCCCGUCAAAACCGUCGUUUGAGCUUCUUGAAGCAAAGUGUUUGGCGUCUUACUUUGUUCCUGAAAAUAGGCUUUCAUUACAAUAUGAUCUACCCG